AACGUGCAACACACAUUGUUGCCAGGCAUUUACUAUAAUUUUUGAAACAAUGGUUUGGGAUGAAUACCAAACUUCAUAUAACCAAAGUCAAAGAGCAUGUUAUAAAUCGUUAGUCUUCGUCCGUGACAGUGGCAGAUAUGGGACUUUCCGAUGUAAAACGAUAUAAAUAGUUUACUUUCGGUUUCAGUUACAGACAGAUAGACUCGGUCGACGUUUGAGCUAGCAGGCUGUUGGGAUUAACUAAAAACAAUUUGAGUUUGUAAGAGAAAUAUCGGUGUCAGAUUCCGUCCUCAGGCUAAUUUCAAACCUUCACAUCAGACUUGGUUGGUAUGUAAGGAAAUAAUCUGUGCAUUAUGCAAAAAAUGAGCUACUUCUCCCCCCUACUGUUCGUGUGCCUGGAUGUGUGUGUGGUGCACGUCAUCCGCUUGGCCCAUAUCUCACCCGCCAUAGUCUUCCAUCCGUUCAUCACCCUGUGGGGAGGAGGGUUGGCCAGGGCUUGCCUCCUCGCCCUCUUCACCCUUAUCUCCCCUGGAAGCCUGCUGUGGAUGAGGAGCUUCGAGGGGAUUCAGAGCUUAGCGGUCCUCUGCUUCCACUUCCCUGUGUUCAUCACUCUUAUCUGGGCUCUAGAUCAGUCUACCUUGGAUGAAGUGUGGGGGUGGCACUCCUGGGAAAGGGUGUUACAGGGUUAUGUUGUGACGGCAGUGGCAUGGCUUUACUGGAGUCGAUAUGUGUCAUCGCUUUUGCUCUCAUGUGGUCAAUACAUCUCCUCUCUGAUGAAGAAGGCACCAUCUGAGAAGCCUAAGGAAGACACCUGUGACCCUCUGAAGAGGCUGAUGGGAUACAUGCGUCCUUAUCUCUGGCGCUUUGUCUCUGUGCUGACUCUUGUAAUCCUCUCUUCUUUGGGUGAGAUGGCCAUCCCUAAAUACACUGGUCGUGUGGCGGACUGGAUCAUAAAUGAAGAAACACCGGAUGCAUUCACAGAGGCCAUCACAGUCAUGACACUUAUGACUUUUGCCAGUGCUGUGCUUGAGUUUGUAUGUGACCUCAUGUACACCAUCACCAUGAGCUGCAUACACACCUCAGUGCAGGGGUCCGUCUUCCAGGCUGUGCUGAAACAGGAGAUUGCUUUCUUUGGGGCAACUUCAACAGGUGAACUAGUGUCCCGGGUUACCACGGAUACCAAUGACAUGAGUGAGGCACUGAGUGAGAAACUAAGUCUUGUGAUGUGGUACACGGCGCGUUUUGCCUUCCUCAUGUUCUUCAUGGUGAGCCAGUCAUGGAAAAUGUCUCUGCUUACCUGUAUGGGACUGCCUAUCAUCUGGGUCAUACCCAAGCUCACUGGACACUUCCAUCAGACUAUUGCUGUACAGGUUCAGGAGUCUCUAGCUAAGGCCAACCAGGUGGCCACGGAGACUUUCUCCAACAUGAAGACGGUGAGGAGCUUUGCCAAUGAAGAUGGAGAGACAGAGAGGUACAGAGAGCGGCUGGAGGACACUUACUCCCUCAACAAAAAGGAAGCACUGGCCUAUGCAGCCUCUACCUGGGCUAACAGUACGACGACCUUGGCCCUGAAGGUGUGCAUUCUGUACUAUGGAGGGACUCUUGUGACCAGGGGGCAGGUCAGCAGUGGAAACUUGGUGUCAUUCGUCCUCUAUGAGCUUCAGUUUGCAUCUGCUGUAGAGGCUGUCAUGCAGUAUUACCCGGCAGUGAGGAAGGCGAUUGGUGCCUCUGAGAAAAUCUUUGAAUAUUUAGAUCGCAACCCUCAAUUACCAGCAAACGGCACUUUGUCCCCCACAGAUCUUCAGGGACACAUUCAGUUCAAAGAUGUUACAUUUUCCUAUCCCGGCAGUCCUGUGGUCCUCAAGGAAGUUUCUCUGGAUAUAAAGCCAGGCCAAGUCACUGCCAUCGUUGGGCUCAACAGAUCGGGGAAGUCCACCUGCGUCAAGCUGUUGGAGAGAUUCUACCAGCCCCAAGCAGGGGAGAUCCUACUGGAUGGGAAACCUCUGACAAACUACAAAGACCAGUUCCUACAUGACAAGAUUGCUGUGGUGAGCCAAGAUUGUGUGCUGUUUGCUCGCUCUGUGCGGGAGAACAUCAAGUACGGCUGCGAGGAUGCCUCUGAUGAGGAUAUGUACAGAGCUGCCAAGUUGGCCAGUGCACACGACUUCAUCAUGGAGCUGUCAAAGGGAUACGACACAGAUGCCGGGGAGAAGGGAGGCCAGGUGUCAGGAGGACAGAAGCAACGCAUCGCCAUUGCCAGAGCUUUAAUCAGACGUCCCAAAAUCCUGAUCCUGGACAACGCCACCAGUGACUUGGACACAGAGAAUGAAUAUCAGGUGAAGCAAGCUUUGUUGAACCCAACCAACAACUGCACCGUGCUGUUGAUAUCCAACAGGAUGAGUGUUGUAGAGAAGGCCAAUCAUAUAUUUGUCCUCGACAAUGGUACGCUGAAGGAGGAAGGCACUCACGAUGAGCUGUUGAGGAAAGGCGGCCUUUAUGCUGAACUGUUGAUAAAGCAGAAUAUGGGCUUUCACCGUCAAGAAGAGGUGAAGAAUGAUGCUCAGUGAUACGUGUGUGCAGGGGUUGCCCUCAAAUCAGAAAAGCAGACGUGUUACCGGAAGGUUGCUAGUUAAAAAUCAAGACAUGAAGAGUCAAAACUCCAGCUUUAAAUAACGACUGAGUUGUGUGACCAAAACGUGUACAUCAAAGAGUCUUUGAGUUUUUAGAAAAGCGCUAUAUAAGUGUCAUGUAUUAUUAUUAUUAUUAUUAUUAUUAUUAUUAUUAUUAUUAUUAUUAUUAUCCAUACAUACAAGUGUUGUGAGUAUUUGCCUAUUAGGAAUAUUUCCCUUCUUCAUGCCCCUUUGAAGCAGGCGGAGUUGCAAUAUGCCAAUGGGUGUGAAUAUGAAUCAUAAGCACAUUUUAAGGGUUUGCCAAAGUGCUUCACAACGAACAUAACAUUAUAACUAGGGCCGGGACUCGAUUAAAAAAAUUAAUCUAAUUAAUUAGAGGCUUUGUAAUUAAUUAAUCGAAAUUAAUCGCGUUUUUAAUCGCAUAUACAUAUUUG